AUGUCUUACCACGGCCAUUGCAAUUGCGAGAGCAUUCGCGUCACUCUUCCCGUGCAACCCGAGACCUCAGCCGUUUGCCACUGCAAUAAUUGCAAGCAAGCAGGUGGUGGUCGUAAGUACAUUCGUCGAGGCAGCUGUGGAGUGUACAUUUUGCUUACAACUAUCUUAGCAUUCUCUGUCAACUACAUUGUCAAUGAAGAUGACUUGACCGUUGAGGAUCCCAAUGGGGCUUUGAAGAUCUACGAGGACAAGAACUCCGAUAGUGGCAAUGUUGUGAAGCGUCAUUUCUGUUCCAGCUGCGGCAGCCCAGUGUUCACCAAAACCCCCAAAGCCCCUGGAGUAGUCUUCCUCAAGGGCCCCUUGUUUGACAUUGUCUCCACUCCUGCACUUGAGGUAUUUACCAAUAAGCAGUACGACUGGCCAUGCUGCUCUCUCCGGGCUAAAACCACCUAUAAUAAUAUGACAGGAGUCCCUGCUCAAACGUCCGGUCCUAGGCGACCGUCAGGUGCCAUUUUGCGGAACACCCGACCGCGCGUCAACGAUAACAACCCGGAUCCCCGCGAAGCGCUCGAGCUCCAGCGGAUCCAGACACGCGAGGACAACGAGCUGGACUACUCGACGCCGUCUGCUUCAUCCGGCGAUGAAUAUCACGUUGUGACGCGUCGCACCACGGCACGCGCUCUCGCGUCACGUGCCGAUGCCGAGCGUCGCCGGCAAGCUCGAAAGGGGGCUUGGGGCAAGCUCACUCGGUUUUGGACGCAUAAUGUUACUCUAACGGUGGCGCAUAAGAGUAGUCGGGAUUAUUUCGCCUUGGAGAGAACAUUCCUCGCGUAUCUGCGGACCUCCCUCGCCGUUGCCCAGCAAGGAGUGCUUAUUGCCCAGUUGUUCCGUCUGCAGGCGGCGGAGGAGUUGGCGGACCGUCUUGGGUUUGGUCAGGUCGGUACACCCCUGUCGGUCGCGUGUCACUGUGUGGCUAUUAUCGUGGCUUUGGUUGGGGCGUAUCGAUUUUGGAGGCAGCAGAAUGCUAUUGCUAGCGGUAGGGUCUAUGCUGGAGGCUGGGACAUGAAUUUUGUGGGGGUAUUACUGGGUUGUAUCACUAUAACGGUGUUGGUUGUUUCCGUUGCUAUUAUAGUCGAGGUCGACGUUCACCCGUCUAUAUUUGUUCGACGAAUAUUAGCCAGCUGA